AUGGUGGCUUUGUCAAUGGUCCUUGUUUUCCUGCUGGCCCUGAGCAGAGGUGAAAGUGAACUGGAUACCAAGAUCUCAUCCCCACAGGAGACCACCGAAUGGGGGGAUCCUGGGCUGUCCCUACCAGGGUCCUGCCAGCCAGCUCCCUCCUGUCAAAAGUGCAUCCUCUCACACCCGAGCUGUGCAUGGUGCAAGCAACUGGGUGGCUGUGACGAUGGUGACUUCACUUUUCCAGGCCCACGCCUCAAAGCUGUCACAGACAAGCAGACUGUCCCAGCUGGGCCCCGAGGCGAGGGGGCCACCCAGCUGGCACCACAGCGGGUCCGGGUCACGCUGCGGCCAGGAGAGCCCCAGAAGCUCCGGGUCCGCUUCCUUCGAGCUGAGGGAUACCCUGUGGACCUGUACUACCUUAUGGACCUGAGCUACUCCAUGAAGGACGACCUGGAGCGCGUGCGCCAGCUUGGGCACGCGCUGCUGGUGAGGUUGCAGGAAGUCACCCACUCCGUGCGCAUUGGCUUUGGUUCCUUCGUGGACAAAAUGGUGCUGCCCUUCGUGAGCACAGUGCCCUCCAAGCUUCGCCACCCCUGCCCCACCCGACUGGAGCGCUGCCAGCCGCCCUUCAGCUUUCACCAUGUGCUACCCCUCACCCAGGAUGCUAAGGCCUUCGAACGGGAGGUGGGACGCCAGAGCGUGUCCGGAAACCUGGACUCGCCUGAAGGUGGCUUUGAUGCCAUUCUGCAGGCUGCCCUCUGCCAGGAGCAGAUUGGCUGGAGAAAUGUGUCCCGGCUACUGGUGUUCACUUCAGAUGACACAUUCCACACAGCUGGGGAUGGCAAGUUGGGUGGCAUUUUCAUGCCCAGCGACGGGCACUGCCACUUGGACAGCAAUGGCCUCUACACUCGCAGCCCAGAGUUUGACUACCCCUCCGUGGGUCAGGUAGCCCAGGCCCUCUCUGCGGCAAACAUCCAGCCCAUCUUUGCUGUCACCGGUGCCACAUUGCCUGUCUACCAGGAGCUGAGUAAGCUGAUUCCCAAGUCUGCAGUGGGGGAGCUGAGUGAGGACUCCAGCAAUGUGGUACAGCUCAUCAUGGAUGCUUAUAAUAGCCUAUCAUCCACUGUGACCCUUGAACAUGAACGCUCUCUACUCCCUCCUGGGGUCCACAUCUCCUACGAUUCUCAGUGUGGAGGUCCUGAGAAGAGACAGGAUGAGGCUGGUGACAGGGGCCAGUGCAACCACGUCCGAAUCAACCAGACAGUGAAUUUUUUGGUUACUCUCCAAGCUACCCACUGCCUCCCAGAGCCCCAUCUGCUGAGGUUCCGAGCCCGAGGCUUCUCAGAGGAGCUGACUGUGGAGUUGCAUACACUGUGUGACUGUAACUGCAGUGACACCCAGUUCCAGGCUCCUCACUGCAGUGACGGCCAGGGGCACCUACAAUGUGGGGUGUGCAGCUGUGUCCCUGGCCACCUGGGUCGGCUCUGUGAGUGCUCUGAGGCUGAGCUAUCCUCCUUGGAUCUGGAAUCUGGGUGCCGAGCCCCCAAUGGCACAGGGCCCCUGUGCAGUGGGAGGGGACGGUGCCAGUGUGGACGCUGCGCCUGCAGUGGACAGAGCUCUGGACGUCUGUGCGAAUGUGAUGAUGCCAGCUGUGAGCGACAUGAGGGAAUCCUCUGUGGAGGCUUUGGCCGCUGCCAAUGUGGAGUGUGUCACUGUCAUGCCAAUCGCACGGGCAGAGCAUGCGAAUGCAGCGGGGACACAGACAACUGUGUCAGUCCCGAGGGAGGGCUGUGCAAUGGGCAUGGAUACUGCAACUGCAACCGCUGCCAGUGCUUGGACGGCUAUUAUGGUGCCCUAUGUGAUCAGUGCUCAGGCUGCAAGACGCCAUGCGAGAGACACAGGGACUGCGCAGAGUGUGGCGCCUUUGGGACUGGUCCUCUGGCCAUGAAUUGCAGCCUGGCGUGUGCCCAUGCCAACGUGACUCUGGCUCUGGCCCCUAUCCUGGAUGAUGGCUGGUGCAAAGAGAGGACCCACGACAACCAGCUCUUCUUCUUCCUGGCAAAGGAUGAAGCCGGAGGCAGGGUCAUGCUGAGAGUGAGACCCCCAGAAAAGGGGUCAGACCACACCCAAAUCAUCGUGCUGAGCUGUGUGGGGGGCAUCGUGGUCAUGGGACUGGGACUAGUCCUGGCUUAUCGGCUCUCAGUGGAAAUCUAUGACCGCCGAGAAUACAGCCGUUUUGAAAAGGAGCAGCAGCAGCUCCAGUGGAAGCAGGACAACAAUCCUCUCUACAAGAGCGCCAUCACGACCACUGUCAACCCCUGCUUUCAAGAGGCAGAGGGCGCCCCUCUCUGA